GGCGGGGCCGGCAGCGGGGCUCGGGCUCGGCACGGGAGCCGGCAGCGGGGCUCGGCACCGGGAGCAGCACCGGCAGCGACACCGGCACUCGGCACGCAGCGCACCCACCGGCGGCGAGCCCCGGAGCCGCGCGGGACCCCAUCCCCCGCGCCGCCGUCCCCCCCGCGCCGCCCCGCCGAGGACGGCGCUCCGCCGGCACGGAGCGAGGCAGCGCGGGGCUCGGCCGCCACCUCCCCCGCCGCCCGCCGAGCCCCGCCGGGUGCCCGCCCGUCCCGCCCGGCUCCCUGACGCCCGCCGUUGUGAUGCGUAUUCCCGUAGACCCGAGCACCAGCAGGCGCUUCACUCCCCCGUCCACGGCCUUCCCCUGCGGUAAGAUGGGCGAGAACAGCGGGGCGCUGGGGGCCCCCGCGCCGGGCGGCCGCGCUCGGCCCGAGGUGCGCUCCGUCGUGGAUGUCCUGGCCGAUCACGCCGGCGAGCUGGUGCGCACCGACAGCCCCAACUUCUUGUGCUCGGUGCUGCCGUCGCACUGGAGGUGCAACAAGACGCUGCCCGUCGCCUUCAAGGUCGUGGCGCUCGGAGAUGUCCCCGACGGGACCGUGGUCACGGUGAUGGCGGGGAACGACGAGAAUUACUCGGCGGAGCUGCGCAACGCCUCUGCCGUGAUGAAAAACCAAGUAGCGAGAUUUAACGACCUCAGAUUUGUUGGGAGAAGCGGCAGGGGGAAAAGCUUCACCCUGACCAUCACCGUGUUCACCAACCCCACCCAAGUGGCCACCUACCACCGAGCCAUCAAAGUGACCGUGGACGGACCCCGGGAGCCCCGCAGGCACAGACAAAAGCUGGAAGACCAAGCCAAACCCUUCACCGACCGCUACGGAGAGCUGGAACGGCUGCGCCAGUCCAUGAGAGUCACCCCGACAACACCCAACCCCCGUGGAUCCCUCAGCACCCCGAGCCACUUCGGCUCCCAGGCUCAAACUCCAAUCCAAGGCACGUCAGAGCUGAGCCCCUUCUCGGACCCGCGGCAGUUCGAGCGCUCCUUCCCCACGCUGCCGGCGCUGACGGAGACGCGUUUCUCCGACCCGCGGAUGCAUUACCCCGGCGCCAUGUCCGCCGCCUUCCCCUACACGGCCACACCCUCGGCCACGGGCAUCGGCGGCAUCAGCAUGACCAGCAUGCCCACCACCACCCGCUUCCACCACACCUACCUGCCGCCCCCGUACCCCAGCUCCACGCAGAACCAGAGCGGGCCCUUCCAGGCCAACCCCUCUCCCUACCACUUGUACUACGGGACGUCCUCGGGCUCCUACCAGUUCUCCAUGGUGGCGGGAGGCGAGCGCUCACCCACCCGCAUGCUCUCGUCCUGCACGAGCGCCUCGGCGGGGAACAACCUGAUGAACCCCAGCCUGGGCGCGCAGAGCGACGGCGUGGACGCCGACGGCAGCCACAGCAAUUCCCCCACCACCAUGAGCACCACGGGCAGGAUGGAUGAGUCCGUCUGGAGACCCUACUGAGGAGGAGCUCAGCUGGGCACCCGUGUCUUUAACUUAAUCAGCCACCGCGGCUCCUAUUGGGAGCGACCAAAGUGAUGCCAAGGGAAAAGUUAAACCAAAGUCUUCCAAACCCAAAGUUAAGGAUCCUCUGCAUGCAAACAUCAAGCGAAGAUCAACCCAGACCUUCGUUGCAUUUCGAGGUGAACACCCACGAGGCUUGAAUGUGUUGCUUGAUGUGGUUCCUUCCGUAUGUUUUAGGUAUGUGGAUUGUACAUAGGGAAAAAAAGCCCCAAGGACGUGUGGAAUCAGAUGUUUGGUACUUGCAGAACACUUCUCGUUCAUCUCACUCGCACCUCUUCCCCACACAAAGCAUCCAGAAGUGAGGAGAAUCUCACCCUGCCUCUGCAAGAUGGUUCAGAGAAGAGAAGACACCAGGGAGUCACCUGAGCCAUCUCUCUGCCAGUGCAAGUGGACCGAACUUAACUUAAAAAAAAAAAGGAGAAAAAAAGAAAAAAACCCCA